AUGUUCAAGUAUAAACCUAGAAGUAUGAAUGGUGUAUUUGCAAUUGAAAAACCUUCUGGUAUAACAUCAUCAAAAUUUAUAGGUGAUAUUCAGGCUAUUUUCACGAAAUCAGAAAUUUUUCAAAACGAUUUGAUCGAAGCCAGAAAUAAAGCAGCCCAAGCUUUAGGAACCGAUAAGAAAUGGUCCAAAGAAAGAAUUAACAAAAGAGUAAAGUCUUUAAAAGUAAAAAUUGGACAUGGUGGUACAUUAGAUCCAAUGGCAAGUGGUGUUUUGGUCGUUGGGGUUGGAUUAGGAACUAAGAAAUUGCAAUAUUAUCUUAGUGAGUGUAAUAAAACUUACGAGACGAAAGCAUUGUUAGGAAUUUCGACCACUACUGGGGAUGCAGAAGGUGAAAUUAUUACUAAAAAUCAAGUAAGUCAUAUAACUAAAGAAAUGAUAAAGGAAACUGCGCCAAAAUUUAUUGGUGAUCUUAAGCAAACUCCACCUAUAUUUUCAGCAUUGAAAAUGAAUGGUAAGCCAUUAUAUGAUUAUGCAAGAGAAGGUAUCCCGUUACCAAUGCCCAUAAAAGUAAGACAAGUUAAGGUUUUCGAUAUAAAAGUGCAUGAUGAAGACUCAUUACGAAUCGACCACGGCUUUUCGACUUUGCAAAGUGAAUUGGAUGAACAAGGAAAUCCAAAAGAGCACGAAUUGUCAAAUAAUCCAACUUUGAAUGACUCUCCUUUAUAUUUUUCUGAUCAAUACUUAUCAAAGGCGGAAGCUGAAGGAUUACCGAAGGAAGUUGGUAAACCUAAGCCUGUGUCUGAUGGCUUUCUCCCUGAAAAAUUACCACUAAUUCAUUUAACUGCAGAUGUCUCUUCUGGUACAUACAUCAGAAGUUUAGUAAGUGACUACGGUAGGGCAUUAGAAUCGUCAGCAUAUAUGGUGGAAUUGAUACGAGUAAGACAAUCUGAAUGGCAGUUAGGUAAAAAUGUCUUUAAAAUCUCUGAUUUUGAAAAUAGGGACGAAAGAAUUUGGGGGCCAGUUUUAAAGAGGGUCUUAGAUAGUGAUCAUGACAUAGACGUUCAGAAAGAAUUAGACGAAUUUUCUGAUAAAAUCGCUCCGUUACUUAAUCGUGAAAAGGAGGUAAUAGAAAAGUUUGGUGAUGUUAGCAAGGAAGACGUUGAUUCUUCUGAAAAGUCCGAAAUAUUGCCUACUACAGAAACAAAAGCUGAGAAAAGUACCGAACUUCCAAAGAAGAGAACAAUUGAUGAAAUAGAAAAAUAA